AUGUUCGAAGGGCUUGAGGUUAGGACGGGGAUGGAUAGUUGGAAGUGGUGGAGAGAGGUGGUGGAGAGAGGUGGUGGAGAGAGGUGGUGGAGAGAGGUGGUGGAGAGAGGUGGCGGAGAGAGGUGGUGGAGAGAGGUGGUGGAGAGAGGUGGUGGAGAGAGGUGGUGGAGAGAGGUGGUGGAGAGAGGUGGUGGAGAGAGGUGGUAG